CUUCCAACUCCGCACAGAUAGUGGACACUGCUUACAUUUACAUCAGCAAUGUUAGGCCUCUCGGGCUCAAAUCAACCGCCUAUACCCACUCCCGCAGUGCGUGAUCCGCACAAUGCCUGCUCCUUCGAUGAUAGCGUACCAUGUACGGAAGCGAAACUACCGAGCUUAUCCGCUACGCUUACCUCCUGCGACCUAGCCAGUGAUGAGCCUUACUAUGAGAGGCCUAGUAUACUGUGCUCCCCAUGGGGUUUUCUCUGACGUAUUGCCUCACGGCGCGCACGUUACAUCGGCACUGUGCCGGACCGGAAUACAAUAAAGCAAGACAUGUGUCCCGUGGUAUUGGGACAUUGUUCGUCUUCUCUCAUUUGAGCCUCUCCUUCACCACCACAUAGAUACCUGGCUGUUGGACAGAAGAGUAUGGAUUCAGACAAGAUAGCAGAUGAGAAGUUUGAGCACGAAAAGGGAAGCACGGUGGAAGAGGGCUUUGGAGAUGUCGAUGAGGCUGUGGUUAAGAAAGUGCUGUGGAAGAUGGACGUUAGGAUAUUGCCCGUUCUCGCACUCCUGUUCCUGUGCUCGUUCAUAGACCGCACGAAUGUUGGCAACGCAAAGAUCCUUGGCCUCGAGGCCGAUCUUCACAUCAACGAUCAUCAGUAUGCGAUUGGACUGUGCGUGUUUUACGCCACGUACAUUGCAAGUGAGCUGCCGAGUAACUUGGUGUUGAAGAAGGUGUCACCGAAGAUCUGGCUCCCUGCACUGACUGCAGUUUGGGGCAUAUUGACAAUGUGCUUGGGUUUCGUGACUGGUUUUGCUUCUUUUGUCUCUGUACGCGCGCUGCUUGGUGUCGCAGAGGGCGGACUUUUGCCUGGCAUGGUCCUCUACCUCUCACACUUCUACAAGCGUACCGAGCUUGCCCUACGAAUCGGCAUUUUCUACACCGCUGCGUCCCUAUCCGGUGCAUUUGGCGGCCUCCUCGCUCGCGGCCUCAAUGCUAUCGGCCCCGCUGGUGGUCUUGAAGGAUGGAGAUGGAUCUUCAUCAUCGAAGGCAUCCUUACGUUCCUCGUCGGCGUCUCAUCCGCUAUCUUCCUCCCUAACUCUAUCGAGUCUGCUGGCUUCCUUUCUAUCCCCGAGAAACAAUGCGCCCGCAUCCGCCUGAACACGUCCGCGGUCCACGAGUCCUUCUCAUGGGCCGAAGUCCGCCGUGGUGUCUUCAACCUUCAAGUCUGGCUCAGCGCAACAGCAUACUUCUGCAUCUUAUGCGGUCUUUACUCCUUUGGCCUAUUCCUUCCGACGAUCGUCAAGGGCGGCUUUUCGACCGACCCCAACGCAGCGCAGCUCUGGACCGUCAUUCCUUACGCCGUCGCCGCACUCUUCACCGUCGCUGCAGCCUUCUUAUCUGAUCGUCUCGCGCUUCGUGGACCGGUCAUGCUCGUCACCCUACCCAUAUCCAUCAUCGGAUACGCCGUCAUGAGCGUCACCACAAAUUCCAAGGUCCAGUACGGCAUGACCUUCUUGAUGGCUACAGGCAUGUAUGCCUCCGUACCCUGCAUCCUUUCCUGGAACUCGAAUAACUCCGCGGGUCACUACAAGAGGGCUACCACCACUGCUCUGCAACUCGCUAUCGCCAAUUCGGGAGGCUUUGUGGCGAGUUUCGUAUACCCGAAAAAAGAGGAGCCGAACUUCCACAAGAGUCACCAGAUCAUGUUGGGGCUGUUGUGUGCGGCCUGGGUGUUGAUCGCAGCGAAUGUUGCGUGGGUUGCGAAGCUCAAUCGUGAUAAGACAAAUGGGAAGAAUGCGCAAUUUGAGGGGUGCAGAGAUGAUAGGGAUCCGGAGUUUAAGAUGAUGUUGUAGAUACGCGUUGCGGUCGCGUAUUAGAUGCUACGGUUGUAGCACGUAAUGAAUC